AGUGCGGCGGGAGGCCGCGAGCCCGCCGAGGCUUUGUCCGGCUCCACGCUGCCAGCACUGUGAACAAAGUGGAUCUUCACUGAUGGCCCUCACAAUGGACUCUCAGAUUCACAACGGUUCCGGCCUUCAGGAUGAGCACAUCACAAACUUGCUCUUGUUUGGUUUCCUUCAAAACUGUUCGAAUCAUAAUUUCCAUAAAGAGUUGGAGGUGCUACAGUGCGAGCUGCCCGAGCUUGCUCCCCUGGGGCAUCUGCACCAAGAGCUGCAGAUAGAUGGCAACUUCAGCAGUCGCGUGCUUGCAGACGAGGCAGAUUCUGAGCAUCAAGAAGAAAUCAUUCAAGACAUUGCCAGGCAGCUUGCGCAAAUCGGGGACAGCUUGGACCGUGAAAUCCACCCAGCACUGGUGCAAGACCUUGUGGCACAGUUUCUGAACGGGAACCUGUCCGAGGAAGAGAAAAGGAAAUGUCUGACAAAUGCAAUCAAAGCCAUUCUUCAAACUUACCCUAAAGACAUGGAGCAGGAGAAGAUCAUGCUGACGCUGACUAUGCUGUUAGCCAAAAAGGUGGUCAGUCACUCACCGUCUUUGCUUCGGGAUGUCUUCUGCACAACAGUGAACUUUAUUAAUCAGAACCUGCGUUCAUGUGUGAGGAACUUACUCAGAAAUAAUAUGGACUAAAUAGAUGACCCUGGAAAAGAAAGACUGGAAAACAUGACUCUGGGAAAAUUUGAUAUGGUAACAGAAGAGCUACCUGCAGUGGAGAUGGAGCCAUGACAUCCAAAGUUCUUGAGAUAGGCAUGAGAAAUUACUUUUCAUUUUCAGGACGUUUUAAACUUAUAACUGACCUAGACAUCUGUACAUUAAUAUACUUAAAUAAAAAUGUCAACUUGCAUAUUUUUAA